CCGGGCCGGGCCAGGCCGAGCGGGGUCGGGUUCUUUUCCUCCCCUAUCUCCCCCCCGGUGGAUGCUGAGUGAGGGGGAGGUGCAGCUUCACCUCAGGUGAAUGAUGCCAGUUUUCAGGAAUUUGGCCAAGACUGCUAAACAGGCACUGCUGAACAAUGGUUGUAGCUGCCAGAUUCCUGCUGUGUCAGUCAGGCUAAUGAGCUGGUCCCCAAGGCAAGUAAAUGCAGAUGCUAGCUUUCACUCCGUGUCUUUUGCUGAAUCAGAUCAUCCCCGUGUUCUUAUUACAGGUGGCUUAGGACAACUUGGCGUGGGACUUGCUAACUUGCUACGGAAACGCUUUGGUAAAAACAAUGUAAUUCUCUCUGACAUCAGGAAACCCCCAGAUCAUGUGUUCCACAGUGGGCCAUUUAUAUAUUCUGACAUCUUGGAUUACAAGAACCUGCGUGAAAUUGUUGUCAACAAUCGUAUCACAUGGCUGAUUCACUACAGUGCACUGCUCAGUGCUGUCGGGGAAGCAAAUGUACCUCUAGCACGCAAUGUCAAUAUAACAGGUCUGCAUAAUGUAUUGGAUAUUGCUGCUGAGCAUAACCUUCGCCUGUUUGUUCCCAGCACAAUUGGUGCAUUUGGAUCAACUUCUCCCAGAAAUCCAACUCCUGAUCUCUGUAUACAGAGACCGAGAACAAUCUAUGGAGUCUCCAAGGUGCAUGCAGAGCUAAUGGGAGAGUAUUACCACCACAAGUACGGCAUGGACUUUCGAUGCUUGAGGUAUCCUGGUAUCAUUUCUGCUGACACCCAGCCUGGUGGUGGCACAACAGACUAUGCAGUCCAAAUUUUCCAUGAUGCUGUAAAGACAGGGAAGUUUGAAUGUAACUUGAAGCCUGAUACAAAGCUCCCUAUGAUGUACAUAGAUGACUGCCUGCGCGCAACACUGGAAAUCCUAGAAGCACCAGCAGAACAGCUUACAAUGAGAACUUAUAAUAUCAGUGCAAUGAGCUUCACUCCUGAAGAGCUGGUGGCUGAAGUCCGAAAGCACCUGUCUGACCUUAAGAUCACUUACAAAGUUGAUGAAAUACGCCAGGCAAUCGCUGAUAGCUGGCCAAUGGAAUUCGAUGAUCAGAAUGCUCGCCAUGACUGGGGCUGGAAACAUGAAUACGACCUUCCUGAGCUGGUGUUCACAAUGCUAAAUUUCAGUACAACUGACAGUCGGUUGAUGCAAGCAAAUUAGAUGAAGGUGAAAGAUUUUUUGAAGGACCAGAAUCUACAAUGGGAUCCAAUGUACAUAACAUAAUUAGAUCAUAAAUCUUUGAUCACUUUUGUGUAAAUAAUCUUUUUCUGUACUUGAACUAAGACUGCUAUGGCUUGAUGUGCGUCUUGUGCAAAGAAAAUUUAUGACAUUAGAGUUAAUGUUAGUAACCUGAAAACGUUGCUGAAGUGUUUGGGCUGGAUGAAGAGUGACUGGUGUUACCAAAGGGCUGUCAACAUACAGGGCAAUAUAUUUCAUUUGAAGUUUUAUUUAUUUAUUAACUUUCAGAACUGAAUUUUAACUCUGGGGAAAAGUGUGUAUUUUGUGGGAGGAAAAUGGAAGUGACAGAUCACUAUCUUUAACAAAGAUAUAGAGCCUUAAGUUUUACUGUGAAAUAAAAUCUGCAGUACUCCAAGUUAAUCUUCACCCACCUAAGUUUUUGUUAAUGCAGUUGAAUGAGUAGUGUAACAAACUGUACUGUGCAAUUUAUUUUAUUUGUGCUGAAGAUUUUUUAUUUUGUAGACCAUUUGCAGUAUUGCGAUUGUGCCGUUACCCCAUUCUGAUGUUAUGCAAAUUUGACUUCAAUGCAGAAUUAACGUUAGGUUAUCUCAAGCAUCUAAAAUCUAACCAACAGAAUGGUCCAACAACUCAGUACUUUGAUUAAUUUUUUUUAGAUCCAUAGUAACAUAUACAAAAGUGUGUAUGCUAAUGCUUUUAUUUCUUUUGUAGUUUUUGAUUUUUGUUCAUGCUCAUGCACCUCAUUGCUUGCACAUCAUUGCAAGCUAUCUUCUCGUGAAGAUAGUGGGUCCUGAGCUAUUUUGACAUAAUGGUGCAAAUUAUAAUAAGGAAAACAAACAGGUUUCAAUAUAGUGAUGGAUAGUCAAAUGAUAAAAAUGCAGCUCCAGUACUUUUUUUGUGGAACUUUUUUUUUAAAGAAUGUGUUGAAAAACCCUUGGUUGCUGUUUUAUUGCAAAAAUGUCUUGACACUUCUAUUUUGCUAGAAAAAAGUUUGCAUUAAGUUUCAGAUAUAUUUUGCAUUAAGGCUUUAUUGAAUUUGAUGUUUAGCAGAAAAAAAUAUUGAUUUAUGAACAUUAAAAGAAAGGGCAUUCUAAAUCCA